AUGUGCUUUGGCUGUGAAUUAUCACAGAGAAUUGUUGAUGGAGCUAAUGCCUAUGCUGGACAGUUCCCGUGGCAAGCGUCUCUCCAGAGAAAUUCUAGUGGCAGCUGGUCUCAUAUCUGUGGUGGAAGUUUGAUUGCCAACAACCGAGUUUUAACAGCGGCUCAUUGUGUUACUGCCUCAAGAAACUACAAUGGUAAUGCCAAUGGAUACCCUAACGAUAUUUCUGUUAUGAGACUUUCAUCCAAUGCCAAUACCGGAAGUUCAGCUGGUGAUAGUGGUGGACAUAUGGUCUGUAAUAGUGUUUUAGCUGGUGUUACAUCAUGGGGAGCAACAGGUUGUCCUGGUACAUACCCUAGUGUUUACACUCGUGUAUCUGAAUAUCUUAGCUGGAUCGCUUCUAUUUAACAUGUAAAUAGUUAGCUGGGUCGCUUCUGUUUAAGAUGUAUAUUGGUAAAUGGAUCGCUUCUAUUUAACAUAUAAAUUAUGUAUCUAUGUUUAUCAUGUACA